AAAAAUCGAUGGAUCGCUAACGGUAAAACUUUAGUCGUUGGCUACGAUGUUGCUCAUCCUGGAAAACCAACGCGAGAUGAAGUUAUGAACCGCAUGCCACCGCAGAAGCCGAGUAUUGUUGGAUUUUCUUUCAACGGAGCAGCUCAUCCAGAGUCGUUCAUUGGCGACUAUCACUUUCAAACUCCACGUCAAGAGAGGGUAGAUAAUGUCGUUUUAAAUGCUAGAUUCAAAUGGAUGCUGGAAUUGUUUAUGAAGAAUCGCAAAAUGUUGCCCGAAGGAAUUGUGAUUACUCGUGAUGGGGUUUCAGAGGGGCAAUACAGAAUGGUAUCGCUAAUCCUCUCCCUGGAACAGUAA